AUGAGAGACACGCGCAGGAAGUUUGCAGCCUGCGAGCCCUGCAGAGCAUCCAAAGUGGCGUGCGACCAUGUGCGUCCAUACUGCACGCGAUGUGUGGCUACAUCACGACAGACGGAAUGCGUAUAUCGCCAGUCGCCGUUUAAGAAGAAUAAGUCUGCUGAAGCGAAGAGCGCAGCAUCAAUUCCGAGUGUUAUAAGUCGUAUCCGAAACCGGCGGCAGAGCGACACUGGCAUUAGAGAUGAACUGGAAGGCGUCGCUUCAUACGCUGUCAUUAGCAAGCCGCAUCGGUAUCCCAAUCCCGGAUACCAGGGCUCGUUUAGCCACAGCACUAUCCUUGGCCACCUGAUGGACUCACCAGAAGGAUCGCCGGGAGACUUUGUCCACGGCAAUAGCCAGCCUAGGGGAGCCGUGCGUGAGGUAAACAUUGAACGUGGGACGGUGCUCAUUGAAGAGAUUAAUGAGUCUGUGUCCAUUGCGUUCUGCGCGGAGAUGAUACGGGCGUGGACUGCCAAGGGGUCCAAUCUUGCCGUAGCCCGACCCUUCAUGCCCAGCUGCAUCGAGUCCGUUUGUGCAUUAUUCGCCAAUCAGGGUAUUCAACCGAUCAAAGCAAGGGAGAUCUCAAGGAGCCUGUUCCUAGGAACAAGCCAGCUGUGGGAUGUGGCUGCAAGCACGUCGCUGGAGGCAUUUACUGCGCAAUUCUGCCACGAGCGCAGCCGCCGUUGGGAAACGCUCGGGCUCUUCUUUACGGCGGCGUCUAGGGCGGCACUAGAAAUGUCCAGCCUUGCAUCCGACAAGGAGAGGCGCGAGCUGCAGAGGCUGGGGAUGAAUCUUUCCGACCAAUGUUUGGAUAUUGCCUUGUCGCUCGACUGUCUGAAUGACUUGCAGCUGAUGUUCCAGUACGAGAAUUGGAUUCUCCAUUCCUUUGUCGAUGGCGACCAGAGUUAUCACUCUUGGAAGAGGCUAGGAGAUGUCAUCAGCUCCAUCUAUGCGCUCGGCCACCAUCAGCAGACUGAACACGAUGACAACAACACGCCGUUAUUCCUGUUAGAGCUAAGGCGGCAGACGUUUGCGAUAGCGUAUUCGGCAGAUAAAAAUGUGUCGCUGUUCUUGGGCCGCCCACCGAGGAUACAUCGCAAGUACUGCAACUUUGUGCUGCCUCGGAGCAACGGCUGGGGCUCCUCGACGACAACGUCGCAACAGGACGUCGAGUUUGACUUUGUGUCAGACAUGCGGUGGGCAGGCAUGUGCGCUAUAUUAAAAGAGGAUAUUGUAGAGUUAUUCAGCGGGGAAAAGAUUCACGACUAUGACCCAAGAGUCAGAGACAUUCUGGAAAAGGCACAUUCGCAGUGGCAAGCGCUUCCACCCAACUUUCGACUCGAGACGCCGCUAAAACAAUGCGACAAGCCGCCUGUAGUACGUGACUUUAUGCUGAAUGCCAAACUGAACCAUUUGCAUGUGCUUUGUCUUCUGCGCAUGGCGGUUACUAGGAACAAGCCUGCGUCAGACCCGGAGCUAGUGUCCACGUCCGUGGAGAUUCUGCAUCUCAUUGUCGAGGCCAUCAUGCAAAAGGAUUAUCUCGUCAACUCAGGCACAUCACUAGUAUGGAAGGUGGCAUACUAUGGCCUCUUUGCAGCAGGAGUCAUAUCUCUCUGGCUGCUAAACCACGCGUCUAACCCGCAGAAUUUCGAAGUCGAUAUAGCCAAGGUGUUUCAGUACCUUAGCGUACUUGUCAUGGAGAUGGAGGCUGGGGUGCUCAUAGCUGCCGACGAUCCAAAUUACAAGCUGCUCGUGGACGCAUCCAAGACUAUUGGGUGUCUGCUUUCACAGCUCAUAGUAGGCCGUCUAUCCGGCCAGAGUUCGGGAGGUCUGCUCCCUAUCGAGGCGCCUUCAGUAGUUGAUACUCGUGAAGCGCUUGGAUGGAGUGCGUGGGACGGCAAUGCGCCUCAGGACUUUGAGUCUGAAUUUUGGUUGAAUUUGGCCGAGCAUCCCUUCUUGGCCAGAGCGCAUGAUUUAUGA